UAUGGUUUAGCAAUGGAUAAACAUAGAUUUCUUUAUGUUUCUGAUCCGAAGAAGCAUGAAGUGCGACGAUGGAAAAUGGAUGAAUAUAACAAUGAAGGAAUUGUAGUAGCAGGUGGAAAUGGAAAAGGAAAUCAACUUAAUCAACUGAAUUAUCCAGGUUUUGUCUUUGUUGAUGAAGAACAAUCUGUUUAUGUAUUAGAUUUUCACAAUAAUCGUGUGAUGAAAUGGAGAAAAGGUGCAAAAGCAGGAAGAAUUGUGGCUGGAGGAAAUGGUCAAGGAGGAAAUCUCAACCAAUUAUCUUAUCCUACAGGAGUAAUUGUUGAUGAUUUGGGUCAAAUCUAUGUAGCAGAUUGGGGGAAUCAUCGGGUAAUGCGUUGGUGUGAAGGAAAAGAACAAGGUGAAAUUGUUGUUGAUGGAAAUGGCAAAGGAAAUCAAUUGGAUGGUCCCCGUGGUUUAUCUUUCGAUGAUGAAGGAAAUCUUUAUGUUGCUGAUUGUUGUAAUCAUCGCAUUGAAAAGUUUGAAAUAAUCUUGUGA